AUGAUGCAGUUUGUAUUAUUUUUAGGGGUAUGCUUUGUUUUGGGGGGGCUGGCAGUCGCCUCCAACCCUUCUCCCUAUUAUGGGGUGGUAGGGCUGGUUUUGGCUUCUAUUGCUGGGUGUGGUUGAUUGGUUAGCUUAGGGGUGUCUUUUGUGUCUCUGGUGCUGGUUAUAGUAUAUUUAGGGGGGAUGCUGGUAGUGUUUGUUUAUUCAGUGUCGUUGGCGGCGGAGCCUUAUCCUGAGGCUUGAGGGGAUUGAGGGGUUGUUGGUCAUGGUCUGGGGAUGUGUCUGGUUGUUGUUGUGGGGGUUGUGGUGUGCGGUGGUGUGGGGUGCUUGGUUGAUGGGGGGACGGUGGAUAGUGGGGGGCUGUCUUCAGUUCGGUUGGAUUUUAGUGGGGUAUCGGUGUUUUAUUCGUGAGGGGCGGGGCUGCUUCUAAUUGGGGGUUGAGGUCUGCUGUUGACUUUGUUUGUGGUGUUAGAGCUCGUGCGGGGUCUAUCUCGGGGGGCUAUUCGGGCUGUUUAG